UUCUCAGUGCCGCGGUGCCACCAAAAGCCUAGAAUCUCCUUCGCGACGGAGCUCAGAUUCAGAAGAAAGAAAUUUGUUAGGGCUCUCUAACUCUAAGCACCCCAUUUUUUUGAAGGUAAAAGAAAAUCAGGGAGAUGUUUCUGGGAGGGUUUCCCAGGAAGCCUGACAAGGCGGCGGCACUGAAGCAGCUAACGACGCAUGUGACGAUAUUCGGGAUAUGGGUGGCCGUGGUUCGAGCCACCCCUUACGUCCUUCACUAUCUCUGCGAAGAAAAGGAAGAGCUCAAGCUUGAUCUCUGAUUCUCUCCUCCAAGAUUUAAGA